AUAAUGUCACAUAGCGAGUCACAUAACGAAUCACCUAUUCUUGCAGCUACAAUACCAGCAACAGAUGAUAUAGUUCCACACGUUGUUCUAAAUACCACGAUCGGUAGUCCACCACAUUCUAGUAAUAUGUCAUCACCAACAACACCAACCUCUUUAGCAAGUUUUCGUUUUGGUAGUAAUUAUAAUUACAAUGACGUUAGUAGUAAUAACAGUAGUAACGAUAAUAUUAUACCCUUUUAUAGACGACCUAAAUUUAUAUCAAUUAUUUCAACUAUUGCUAUAAACUUUAUAUUUCCUUUUAUCAAUGGUGUAAUGUUAGGAUUGGGGGAAAUAUGUGCAAAUGAGAUAGCAUUUAGGAUGGGAUGGUUUGGACUUAGGAAUGUCCCAAGUAGUGGUAAUAAUGGUAGAAGUGGUAGAAAUGCAAUCCCACUUGGACCUAAAGAAAAAUAUGGCUCAGGAAUUGGAAUAAUUAAACUUAAAAAGAAAAAAGUUAUGCCGGAUGGUAAAGAAGUUGAGGUUGAGGAAGGUGAUGGUGAAAUUGUUUAUGCACAAAUGGCACCAGUUGGACCAAUUGCUUAA